AUGGCAUCUUCCCAAGACAUAACCAUCGAAAACCUCACUCUUGAGCACAAGGCGCCACGUCUCAUCCUGGACGGCCUCAUAGACCGCAUGUCACCAAUCUCCGCUCUCAUAGACCCAGCACCCCCGAACCGUGUCUUUGGGUCUCUCAAAAUCUUCCCCACAGAAAUCCUCCUCCAGAUCAUCGAAGAUCUCACCAUCAGAGACACGAUGCGUUUCCGACGCUGCUGCCGCUUCGCCAUGCACCUCGUCGACACCGAAUCACCGCUACGGUAUGCGUUGAAGUGGGCGCCAAAUACCGUUAAAGGAAUGAUAGCGAUACGGAAUACAGCGCACAUCACACCGAAGAUGUUGUUUCUCACGCUCCGACAUCGACGCUGCUCGUCCAAAAGGAGUGGGAAAAAGUGUUGUGGAAGGCUAGCAGAGAUAGUCUACCUACCUACGUGCACGCGCCUCUGUCUUCGCUGUCUAGAUAUAGGCCACAUACGGCCCGCGAGUAAAGAGUCGGUAGUCCGCUACGUUGGCGACAUAGGACAUGAGAAUCUGAGCACGGUGUCCCGUUUCCGGGUUUUACCUGUCACAUUAACGAAUGGGGUAAACAGAUUCUGGAUUAAGGCAGAGGAGAAGAUGUACGAUUGGGAAUACGUCGAUGAGGUGUGUCCCCAUCAGACACAACUUGACGGUGAUCGAUACAGCACAUAUUGGAUCAAUCGUCGCAUCUUCCUUGGCGAAAUGAAGGCACAGCAACGGUUUAGCUACCUAGGUCACCUUACAGAUGUGGAUGUCGUACCGAAGAUGACAGUCAUGGGUAUGUGCUCUGUCUGGGCUCCGGCGAUUGACCCAGUGCCAUUAGCAGCGGAGAAGGAGUUCUACUGCUUGUGUUGCUUAGGCACGGCGAUAAGGCGAGAAGUCUUUACUAGAGAGGAGUUCUUGGUUCAUCUUAGGGAUGUGUGCCGUGUCAGGCCGAAAGGUAUUUGGUAUCGGAACGAUCUUCCUGAGCUGGUUCUUGCAAGCGAUUGA